UUUGUUUACAGCCUUCGCGUCUGGCCCCCUUCUGGGACAUCGGGCCAGAGCCUGCCUGGCGGAUGACGAAGGGAGCAGCUAUGCCUGUCCGCUGUAAGGGAGUGAGUGAGUACAGGAGGAACUUCAAAUGGAGAAAAGCAGAUCAGUCUAUACUUUGUAGUCCCGUGCAUGAGCAAAAAUGCCGAUGGGCUGGACUUCGAUCAGAUCAGCUUGGAAUUGCAAGAGAACCAAAUUUUAUUUCCAAGAGAAGAGUGCCAUAUUACAGCACACAGAUUUCAAAGUCCUUUGAGUGGGACAGGGAUAAUGAUUACAGGGCAGGUAAAUCAUCAGAAUGUGAAGUUCCUCCACCACUGGAGUUGCAUACAAAUCACAGCAAAGAUGAUAUAAAUAAGGAUGAUAUUAAGACACCUGACGCUCCCAGGCUUCCAGAAAAAAUGGAUCCUAGUUCUGCAGGUUCUAGACCAGACCCAACUGAUGUCCUUUCAGAAAACAAGAAGUUACCGGCCAAACCUUCAGUGAACGAAAAUGGAAUGUUAGCACCUACAGAAAAGGCAUCAGAAAAAACAGGGCUUAACAGAGUCUUGCAGAGAAAAGCAGGCAUGAAUAUUUUACGGUCAAGUAGCUUCCCCAGAAGUUCUGAGUAUCAAAGGCAGUUUGUUUGGAAAACCCCUCCGAAAAUCUCGCCAGUACUUGCAGCAGAUCAGUUUCUUCACAGAACAAGUAACGCCAUUCCUCCAUACAAGAUUUCUGCAAAUAUUCCUGAAACUGAAUAUGAGAGACGUUUCAAAGCUUCUCCCCCUAUGAAAGAACUGAGAGAAACAUGUUCAGAAAAGAAAGAAUGUCCUAUAUAUAAUACUGUAGAAUUAUCUGCUGGAGAAAAGAAAGAAAAAAAAUCACUUUCAAAGACCCCAGAAGAUCCUCCAAAAGAAGACCAAUCAGAAACAGAACAAAAACAACAACAUAAACAACGAAAUAAACCACCCUGUUUACACAGAAGUUUUAGAAAAAUGAACACCGAAUACAGAUCAAAAUUUUUGUCUCCAGCUCAAUACAUAUACAAAGAUGGAGCUUGGUUGCGUAUCAGGAGAAAUGUCUUUGGUCAAGGUUCUCGAAACACCCUAAAUUACAAGUGGUAUAUGGAGGUAAAAGAACUGCGAGAGAAGGCAGAGUCUUACAGGCAAAGGAUACAGGGGACUCACUUCUCCAGAGACCAUUUAAAUCAGAUUCUGUCUGAUAACAACAGGCUUUGGGAUUUGUCUUCAGAUUCAAGUUCAGAAGAAGCCAUUAGCAACAACGUUAGAGCUCUAGAUCUGGCUGGGGUCUCUGAGAAGAAGAUCUCUACGGGUCCUAAGACAUCACCGCAGCCUGAAUUGUCAGAACAAUUCACCAAGAGUAAUACUGAGAAGCUGGGCCUAUCAGAUGCUGCCACUGUUCCAGUCAAACGACGUCUAGUUUGGGGUGAACCUGGCAGUGCUGAAAAACUGGAUAAUCCUCCACUGGAGGAGGGAGAGGAAAAAGAAAAUAAGCAGGAAUCAGAAGAUUUUGAAAAAGGAAGUGAUAAGGAUGGCAAUACAAACAACCAGCAAGAAGGAAAUGUCUCACUUGUGAGUUCCUCAGGUGAUAGGUCAGAUUCUUCAGUAUCUUCAAGAAAGGGUGGUAGGCUUUCUACGCCACAGCUAAGAAUUCUUGGUGGAGCCCAAAGGACUCAUCAUGAUCUUACCACACCUGCCACCGGAGGAGCUGUUUUAGUAUCGCCUCCAAAAGUGAAGCCUUUGUCCUCAGUACAAAUGAAGGAGGGGUCUUCAGAAAAGCAGGUAUCAAGAGAUGACACAACAAGAAAAUUUAAUAGGGAUGAAGUAGAAGCUACAAUCUUGUCUCCUUCCUCAGCUGCUGGGCUGAAAACUCAAGAUCUUUUACCAUUACGGAAAGAUCAGUUGCUUGGCCUAGAUCUUUCUGGUAUAAGAACCCCUCCAACUACAAUGCAUUCAGAGCAUGCACCUAUAGUUCCUGCAUUAAAGCCAGCGAAAGACUCUGCUUCAUCCUACUGGAGUCCAUCAUGCCGCAUUCAAGGAACUCUCAGGGAUCCAGAGUUUCAGCAUAAUGGAAAUGUGGCAAGCCCAAAAAAGAGCUGGCUGCAGUUACCUCUCCAGGAGAGAAACUAUAAUGAUGAAGAUGAUGACAGAUUGUCCCAACUGUCUGCUCGAUCCGCUGCUUCUAGUUCCCUGGCAUCUCAAGUCCUAGAACGAGCUCAGAGGAGAAAAGAGAACUUCUGGGGCAAGAUGUGAUGUGUUCUGCUAUAUUUGGAAAUUGUUUCUAUUUGGAUAUUUUAAUAUGGUUUUGUGAAAAAUGUCUGUUGUAUUGGGUGUGAUAUGAACUCUACCUCACUAUGUUGUUCUUUAGCUAUAAUAUAAAAUGUUUCUAUUCCAUGUACAAUUUAUGUGGAAUUUCAAAUUGACUUUAUGUCUGUUUUAAAUGGCAGUAUGGCAGAAAAAUAAGUGCCAAGCUUCAGAUAAUCUCAUUUUACACAGUACCACAUUUUAUACAGUAGCACAAACAGCAUAGUCAGUGGAGUUGUCCAAAUGUAAAAUAAGGCUGGGACAAGUCUAAGCAUCCUCUGACCUCUGUUAUGCCCUUGAUCUGCCCAGGAUUAUUCCAGCUGUUCUGUUGGCACUCGUGGUGUCCAAGAUCUCCCUGGACAUUUAUAUGCACAUUUCACAUUCUUUACACUGAGCCCAUCAGCACUAAUCCUUCUGCUCCCGGGCCACUUUGGCACUCAUUCAGGUCUACCAACCAAUUAGCUUUGACUUUGAUGAUGAACCUAUAAUGUUCUUGACCUACUUUGGUUCCUCAGGAUCCGGAAAUAAUGGGAUUUAUAUGAUUUCUGUGACUCUCUCUGGGGCAAUGUUUUUAGUCUAAAAUUACCAAGUAAACUAUAUUCACAACAGUUAAUGCUACAAUCACACACAACAGCCACCUGACUGGCUAAUCUGCUCAGUUCCAGGAUUUGCUUCUGUUCUCUGCAUACAUUUUUUUAGUGUCCAAAUCCAAGUGUUUUUCUCCACUGAAAAAUAGGUUAUGAAAAACACACAGUUGUAGGAAAUCAUUUUUGUUUGUAAAUCAGAUAAGUUUUUCUGUCAACUUAGUUUUAUAAAUGUGAUCAUUACUGGGUUUGUCAAAAAAAAAUCCAUACGGAUGGUAAGAUCAUUAAAUAUAAGAUCAUAAAAUACUAUUACCUUCCCCAUACUCGGUCUUUAAAACUCCGGUAUUUAAGAACCUAACAAUUCAGUGUUGUCUUGGCAUGAGUCUUUACUUAUCUCUUCUAGUUUUCUGUUUGGAAAUAUUUUAUAGUGCAAGAAGAAGUGGCAGGACUUUGUUUUUUUUAUUUAAAAAAACGUAUUAGUUCCUUAAAUAAAAAUUUUAAAACCUGCUAGAUUUGUAUGAUGAAAAAAUCCAGUUUUGUAUGUUUUUUAAACAAUAAAGAUUAAUUUGUGA